UCCAUUUUCAAUUGUUCAUCGUAAUGGAGCAGCAAAUUCAAAAAAAUUACUCAAAACAAUAAUUUCGAUGUUUCCUUUUGAUAAGUGGACGGAAGAAAAGUUAAAUUCAUUUAAAUACUAUAAGGUUACUUAUCAUAAAUAUAGGAAAUCAAUCCGGGAUUAUUUGGACUAUAUGGAAAUUUUUAAAUCCGCCGAAUUUCAUGGAUUUAUUGACAAAUGUUCUCGUGUAACUCCUUGGAAAUACAAAAAUCUUAAGAGAUAUUAUGAUGAAGAAGAAAAAAAGUGGAUAUUAAAAUAUGAUGAAAGUUCGAUUUCAUCAACUUUAACAAAUCAUAUUUUUAAUAUUAUUUUUAGGAAUUGUACAAAAAUUAGUCAGUUUUCGUUAUUUAACAUUUCUAAUAUGAUAAUACAAAAUAAUUCUAAUUCUUUCAAAAACCUUUCGAAUAUUUGUUACUUAGAAGUUGGUAAACCUUAUUAUCUUGGUAAUAUAUUUCGUGAUUGCAAAAAAAUUAAAAAGAUCGUAAUUCAUUUACAUGGCUAUGAUACACAAGACAGAUGGUUUGGUUCUUCAUUAUUAAUUAACUUUUUAAAAGAUCAAAAAGAAUUGAAAGCUAUACAUUUUUUGGACCUUUCGAAUUGGAACAUUCGAAAUAUUCGUUAUUAUCAAUUAAGACCAAUUCCAGAAGAAUUAUUAAUACAAAUACAUUCAAUUGAAGAACUUGGUAUGAAUUGUUUCAUAUUACCAUGCAGACAACUUAAUACUCUUUCAAAGUUAAAACAUUUAGAAAUUACUCUCUGGAAAUGGAAACCUGAAACUAUUGCUGCAUUCGAUAAUGGAUUAUGUCCACUCUUGGAAGUAUUAAAAUUUCAAGAUGAUUUUCCGCCUUUAGAUGUUUUGGCUAAAUUUAUAGGAAAAACGAAAGGUCAUUUACAAUGUUUUUAUAUAAAGAAUCCUAAUCAAAACCAUUAUGAUCACACUCAAUUAUUGUUAAAAUCUAUUGCAAAAUCGUGUCCAAAACUUAAUUCAUUAUCUACAAUUAUCAAUAUAACAAAAGAUUUAAGCUUCUUGAAAACUUUAUUAAUUUCAUGUAAUGAAUUGAAAAAUUUCACUCUAAUGAGCAUCGAUUUUAUGAGUCAAUCAUUAUUACAAGAACAAUUGAGAAUGAUGGAUGAAAAUUGGGGUGUUGUUCAUGAAAAAUGCCAAUAUAAGAAAUGCAAGAAUAUCGAUUCGAUAAAAUUUAAUAAGUAUCAAAUUGAAUUAAAAAAUUAUCUCAUUGAUCAUUAAAUUUUUUUUAAGAGUUAUUUGCAUAUUAUAUUUUUCUAGUGAAAGUUAUAUGAAAAUAUUUAUUCUAUUUAGAUGAGAG